AUGGCUCCAAAGCGUCGAGGAAAGAAGGUAGUAGGAACUGUGAUGAGGUCGACAAGGAAAGUUCUUAGAGAAACUGUGCAAGUUGCUUUUAUUGAAAGAGACACUCAAGAAUCAACACAAUAUCAAGAACAAGAUGGAGAAACUGAAGAUAUUGAUACUCCUGCGAUGAAGACUUUCAGGACCAUUCCUGUUGCUCAGAAGGAACACGAGGAAGAAGACCAAAUAACUGCAUUUUCAGUGGAAAAGCAGGACAAGGAAGUUGCUACACUGGAUUCUCAAGAACGAGAAGAGCCAUCAAAAGAAGGGGAGAGAAAGGAGGAGCAAACGAGUGAUGUUUCAGAAGAAGUGCACUUAAAAGAAGUGCCCAACAAGGAUGAUGCUACAGACGCCGUUCCUCAAGAUCAGGAAGAGGAGCCAUCAAGGGAAGAGGAGAACAGGAAGGAGGACCAAAGAAGUAGAGUUUCACAAGAAGAGCCAUCUGAAGAAGAACCAAAAAAAGACACUUCUAGUGCUGGAGAUCAAGAAGGGAAAUCAACAAAGAAAGUUAGGAACAAAGAAGGUAAAAAAACAGCCCAAAGAAAGGAUCAGACACAAGAAGGGAAAGGGGAUAUUGAAAGGAAAAGGAAGAGAAAAAGGGGAACAACAGAGAGUGGUCCUGGUUACAAGAGGUAUGUGGUGAAGGUUCUGAAGCAAGUGCACCCAGAUCUAGGGAUAUCAUCAAUGGCAAUGAGUGUGGUAAACAGCUUGAUGAAUGACAUGUUUGAGAGGAUUGCUGAAGAGGCAGCAAAGUUAUCAAACUACAGGAAGCGAACAACCCUGUCAUCAGGGGAGGUUCAGGGAGCAGUGAAGCUGGUUUUGCCUAGAGAGCUUGGAAAGCAUGCCAUAGCUGAGGGGUCUAAGGCAGUGGCUAACUAUAUGUCUUAUGGGAUUAAACGGUCGAAGUCCUAG